AUGGCUUCCAGCAGCCACGGUUCAAAUGUCCAGAGUUCUUCCAAGGAGCAUAAGAGCGAUAGCAAACAUUCCGGGCUACUUUGCCACAUUAAAUACAACAACACACUUCCGGACAUUCCGUUUGACGCGAAGUUCCUCUCGUAUCCGUUUGACCCAAACCGAUUUGUCAAAUACAAGCCAACGACUUUGGAGAAAAAUUUCAAGUACGAACUGCUCACCGAAAAUGAUGUUGGUGUGAAUAUCGACCUCAUUAACCCUGAUACCUAUGCGAUUGACUAUUCCACUCCAACGAUGAUGGAUCCUCUCGAUGAGAAGUUGCUCGAAGAGGAAGUGACUAAUCCCCAUGAUUCAAAGAGGUCCAAGCAGCACAGCAAAGUAGUGCCAUGGAUGAGGAAAACAGAAUACAUAUCAUCGGAGUUCAAUCGUUACGGUACGCAGGUGGAACGGCAAGAAACUAAACUUGGAUACAACAUUAAGAAACUGUUGAAAGAGGAAACGCUUUACAGAGACAGGGAAAGCCAGAUCAAAGCUAUCAAUAAAACUUUCGACGACGUCAAGCAGCCGGUGAAUUACCACUACAGCAAGCCAGGUGUUUAUGCUCUUCAGCAGUUGCCUGUGUUUCCUGAUUUUGAGCUAUGGAAAUACCCAUUUGCUCAGGUAAUAUUCGACGCUGAUCCUUCACCUGCUGGAUGCUCUGUUUCGGUUCAGGUCGAAUAUAUGUCUCAGGCAAUUAUCCGUGGUAUGAUGGAUCAGAGUGGAGAACAGUUUGUUGCAUAUUUCCUCCCCACAGCCGAUACAAUGCAAAAGCGGAAAAGGGACGAAGAACAAGGUGUAGAAUACGUGCCUGAUGAAAAGUAUGACUUCAAAUUGGCCAGGGAAUACAACUGGACCGUAAAGAACAAGGCAUCCUCAGGUUAUGAAGAGAACUAUUUCUUCGUUUUCAGAAAUGAGGGCGUAUUUUACAACGAACUUGAGACCAGGGUGCGAUUGAACCGAAGGAGAGCGAAAGAAGGUCUGCCUCACAUACUCAAUUCACGUCUGAUGGUAAAGCACCGUGAACUCAAUGAACAAGAGAUGCAGGCUCAGGAAAAUCGCAUGCUAUACUUGCAACCACCUCAAGAACAGGAAGAAGCCGAAGAAGCUAUAGAAGAAGUUGCUGAUGCUGAGGCCGAAUCUGAAAAAGGUAGUUUCAGCGAUUGA